AUGAAACAAGCAGCAUGGCUGUCUGUAGAAGUUGUUUUGGCAGAAAUAUUUGCUGACAAUGAAUCAGAUCGAUUUAGCGAAAAUUCCGAUUCUGAUAAUCCUGACUACGUGUGGGAGGAUGGUAAUGGUUGUGAAAGUGAAACUGACGGAAAUAUUAGCGAUGAUUUGAGCGAUCACGGUGAUGCUGACAUGAAUGUUCAUCACGGCCAAGGUGAUGGUCAGCCCAUAUGCAUAGGCGCCGCCGGUGUAGGAAAUAAUGCAAUGCCUGCAGCACCUGAUGGGCCUGUUGCAAUGCCUGCAGCACCUGCAGUGCAUAGGCCUGGCCCUGCUGAUCCUGUGUACUUGGACAACUAUUACAACAGUGUUGCAUUGGCCAAAUUCUUUCUGGAAGAUGAGCGGAAAGUUCAUGUUUGUGGUACACUUCAACUAAACCGUGGUGCUCCUCGUGACCAGCAGCAGGAAGCUGAUCACCUUCAGCGGAGACAGAAUUUGGUCAGGCCGAGGCUGCCUCCCCUGACCAUCAUUCCUCUGACUCUGAAAAUGAAGGGGAAGCUCCUCAAGCUGUGGUAUGUUCAAGGGCACCUAAAAUUGAUCCUGCCAAUCGCCUGGUUGGGGGAAUGA